AGAAGGCACGAGUUACUAACAACUAGAUCUUUCGUCAAAAAACGGAAAAUGCUGAUGUGAUUACGUAUGUCUUUUUUCUGUCUGUAGGCUCAGCUGAUGAAGACACAGAAAGAUGUGCAGCAGAUGAUCCUGGACAGUAUCAGGAAGAUUCAAGACAUUGAAUACUUUGCAGAUCUCAGAAAAAAAAGCAUAGAGCAAGAGAAAGCAGCUAAUGUUGAGCUCUUCAGUGAUCUGAUCCGCUCAAUUGAGAGCUGUCAGGCUGAGCUGCUGGAGAUGAUGGAGGAGAAGCAGAAAGCAGCACAGAAACAAGAUAAAAAGCUCAUUCAAGAGCUGCAGCAGGAAAUCACUGAGCUCAAGAUGAGAAAAACUGAUGUGGAUCAUCUCUUACAUAUUGAGGAUCACCUCCACCUCCUACAGAUUGAUCCAUCCCUGUACAGAGCUCCAGACCCCAGGAACUGGCCUGAGAUCAGUAUGAACACUGAUGUGAGUGUGGAGACUCUGAGGAGAGCUCUGACUCAACUGCAGGAAACUCUAGAUGAGAAACUCAGUCAAUCCGUGUUGAGUAAGAUGCAGCAAUAUGCAGUGGAUGUGACUCUGGAUCCUGAUACAGCUCAUUUAAAUCUCAUUCUGGCUAAUGAUGGGAAACAAGUGAGACAUGGAGACAUUAAGCAUGAACGCCCAGAUUACCCAGAGCGGUUUAAUUACAGUGCCAGUGUCCUGGGAAAAGAAGGAUUCUUGUCAGGUAGAUUUUAUUUUGAAGUACAGCUGAAGAGAAAGACUAAGUGGGAUGUAGGAGUGGCCAGAGAAUCUAUUAACAGAAAGGGACAGAUCACAGUGAGCCCUCCGUAUGGAUUCUGGGCUCUGGCACUGAGGAAUGGGAAUGAAUACUGCGCUUGUGAUGAUCCCGCUGUCCCUCUGUCUCUGAGCGUUAAACCGCAGAAGGUGGGGGUGUUUGUGGAUUAUGAGGAGGGUCUGGUCUCCUUCUAUGAUGUGGACUCCAGAUCUCAUAUCUACUCUUUCACUGGACAGUCUUUCACUAAUAGACUAUAUCCAUAUUUUUGCCCCUUUCCUAAUGAUACCGAUAAAGAUUCAGUACCAAUGAUCAUCUCAACCCAAAUAUGAAAUACAGCUCUUUAUUUUUAUUGUUUAUGACAUGUUCAUCUGAAAGGAGUAUAUAAUGUGCACAGCUGCUGUUAGACAAAAAAGAAAAUGUUAUAGUGUUUUAUAGUGUUUAUAGUCAUAGUGUUUUCCAUCUGCUUUUUAGCUUAGAAAAUCUGCUAUUAUUAUGCAUGAUCUGCAAAAAUCCUACAAAAACAAUACAAAUGUAAACAUUUGCACAAUUUGAGAAUAUCCUGUAAGUUUCUGCCUAAUUAUUGUAUCAGACAAGGCUGAAUCCAGCUUCUUAUUCGCAGCUUUUUAUUGACGCUAUCCGUUCCACCUUAAAAAACGCGACGCUUCCGCCUUUCUUAGCUUCUUAUUCACGCUCGACUUAAGGAACACCCUCUUUUUUAAAUACGAACAAUAAACGAUUGUUAAAUGUAAAUAACACUGAGAUAAGAGCGUAAACAGACUGUCAACAUGAAAUCUAAUUACAUUAUUCGUUAGUUAUUGAACGUAUCAUUCUUUGAACGUGCCAAACGAUUUUUUUUUAAUCUAGCCUCUUAUGAAGACUUAAUAUGGGCCAGCACCUGUGAAUAGAUGACACCUACCCCUGCGAGGACUCCAGAUACAAAAUUAUGGCGUUUUCAUUGUUUUAAAAUGCACUCAAAGUUUGCUUAAUGCAUAAAUAGUAUUUGUAAAUAUUAUAAUUUUUACUAGAUUCUGUAAGUACUAUAAUUUGUACUAGAUUUCAACUGUUCUUUCUGAUACCUACUCCUAUAAAUACUAUUCUGGUUUCGUAACAAAAAAAAAAAAAAAAAAAAAACAAGCAUUU